AUGGGGAUAGAUCUGUACUACGACGACCUAAGCCCUUUCUGCUUGAGCGUGAGACUCCUCGCCAGGGCGCUGGGCUUGGAACUCACCUUGAAGGAGAGAAACACCGACAAGGAUGAAACGCUCACCCCCGAGUACAUCCAGAUGAAUCCGCAGCACACGGUCCCAACCAUCAACGACGACGGAUUCAUUUUGACCGAAAGCCGAGCGAUCCUUCGCUACCUGGUCGGAAAAUACGGGAAGGACGAUAGCCUUUAUCCCAAGGACUUGAAGGAAAGGGCAGUUGUGGAUCAGAGGUUGGACUUCGACGCUGGAACUCUC